AUGUCGGGGUUGGAGGUCAAGCGUGAGGACGAUGAUUCGGCGGAGCAGAGACAAAAGGAGUGGCAAGUUGACAAUGCAGAGGAUAAUGAUGGUUGCUGGUCCAUACAGAUUCCUCAUGCCACAUCUGAAGGUUUUCUCGAAUCCAGAUGGAGAUGGAGUCGAGAUCCGCGCGCCGCCCGCCGCCCGACCGCAUCAGCGCCCUCCCCGACGACCUCCUCCUCCUCAUCCUCCCCCGCCUCGGAUGCGCCGCCGCCGCCGCGCGCACCGCCGCCCUCUCCCGCCGGUGGCGCGGGGCCGGCCUCUGGCCCCGCCUCCGCCGGAUCGUCCUCCGCGACGUGCCCUUCCCCUCGCUCGAAGCGGCGCUCGGCGCCCCCGCCCGCGGUUUCCCUCCUGCAAAUCCGCAUCACCGACAAGCGCCUCCCCGAGCACAGCCGGCCCGACUCCGCCCGCGUCAACUCGCUGCUGCUCGCCGCCGCGCGGCUCCAGCCGGAGGAGCUCGCCGUGGCCCUCCCCUCGGGCUUGAUACACGGCACCCUCGCCCUCGACCACUCCUGCUUCCAGCGCACCACCUCCAUCGUGCUGGACAUCUUUUCCGUCCUCCUCCUCGUGCCCGCCGGCGUCGAGUUCCCCGCGCUCCAGAAGCUGUCCCUGCUGUGCUGCCACCCCGACCUCGACCUCGGCUCCUUCAUCCCCUGCUGCCCCCGCCUGCGCACGCUCUGGCUUGACGGCUUCUUCUUCCAAGAGGGCGUCCUCAGCAUCGACUCUGCGUCGCUGCAGGAGCUUGUCGUGGACAGCGAGAAGGGAUUGGCAGAGCAUAUCAACAUUGUUGCCCCCAUGCUCAAGCGAUUUACCAUGUCCUUCGUCUCCUCGGGGCUCAGCAUCUCCGUCUUGGCACCAAUGCUCGACAAGGUCUCAUGGCGCUGCUGCUAUACCAGACACUCUGUUUGGUUUGGUAUUUGGCGACUAAAAGAGGUGUUGCUACGGACUGCAGACACACAAGGACAACUCCUCUCGCUGCGCAUUCAUCUUGCAGCCGGUCUGUCUUUUCCUAACGGCGAAGAGGGCACCUUUACGCAUGAGAUCGAGAAGCAUAUGAUUGCCAACUUCUCUGUUUUGGAGCUAUAUAUCACAAGGGAGGAGCAUGUUUAUGGAGCACCCGUGUUUCAUCUCCUAGGGAUGAACCAAAUUCGUAGUGCUAUGCAGAAGCUUAAGGUCACUCUACCGGGACCAGCGGCGAGAAGAUGCUCACAAAAUUGUAGAUGUCGCCAGCCCAUGGGCUGGAGAUCCCAAACUAUCUCCUUGACUGCUCUCGAAGAAGUGGAGAUCAACGGCUUCCAAGGAGACUGUCAUGAGCUUGAUGUCUUGAAACUGAUAUUCAGAUGUGCGCCAAUGCUUAAAAGAAUGAUUGUGAAGCUAUCAUAUACGGCCUCAAAUAGUUACUAUAGAAGCAAUAAACUAUUUGAGAUCCCCGGGGCUAAUUCAUCUGUGGAGUUCUAUGUCUAUCUUAACUCCGGUUUACGGUAUUACGGGCCAAAAUUCCUGUUGAGUUGAAUCUCACCCGUACAUCUGCGGAUCAGUGGUCCACAUGGACAACAAGAUUAUCCUCCCACCAGGACCAACUCGCUUACCUGUUAUUAGGAUUUUUCUUUGUGUUUGUGCCUUGGCGCUGCCGACAUGUCAAUGUACUAUGUUUUUUUCUUAAUUUGCCAUCACUUAGAGACAAAAAAUUCUAAAUUUAUGAUGCCAUAUUAUUUUCUACUUUCGUCAUGAAUUUUA